GAUUUCCACCGCCAAGUUCCUGUCAUCUCUCCAUCUAAUUUCCCAAUUGCAUUGUCAAUCCCCCCAAUCAUUCAAAAUCAUCCCCAUUGUACUUGCAGUCCGGUCGCGUCGUCUCAAUGGCAGGAUGAUGAAUGUCUCCCCGCUUCCUUCAACGAGCAAGGCCCAAUAGUAGAAGAGACUAGGACAAUUGCUUAGCACUAACAACCCGUCUCUUCGUCAUCAAUGGACCUGACGUGGGCCACAUUUCCAUGAUUGACACCAAUAUCAUUUGUUGGGUGUCCCACUGUCUGAUCAGCGACAAUGGAGCACUUUGCCGGGGCUGUUCAGCAUGUUUUGAGCCCCCCGGUCUCAGAUGUUGUAUAUAAUGAAUUUACUAGCGCUUUAGAGAGUGGUGGCGCACUGCAAAGGCAUCUUUGGCAACGCCGUGCGCAGAAUGUCUCCGCCUAUGUGGCGACCGGGAGCCUGCAUACGGUUGCUUUUUUGGUAUCGUGCGUCGUGCUGUUCUUUUCGAUAUGUCGCCAUUAUGUCUUUCGCUCUUGCAAAUCAAAGCGUCAAGCUCGGCCAGAUGAUUCCCCGGUUUCGUUGGAGAUUGCCGAGUCGCUGCCUUUUGCUUUUGCGCACCUGGCUGUCGCUAUUGCAGCGUGCGUUCUCAGCUGGCUUGAGACGCAUCAGAGAGCCAGCUGGAGGCAAUCGGCAUUGAUGAGCUAUAUGCUGUUGUUGGGCCUGCUGCGGUUUUGCUUCACCAAUAGCCGCUAUCGUGCCCAUCUCUACCGCCAUAUGAACGCAAUUGCUUUUGUUGCGUUGGUUUUGGAAAUCGUUCAGCAUUUGUCGCCCCUGGCGAUUAUAGGGACGAAAUAUCUCCUUAGCCCCAUCCGUGUCGCAUUGUUAACAUGUUUGGCUGCUGUGGUGCUCAUCGCAUUGGGAACACCGCGACCGCGUCGUCCACUCGUGCGUAACGAAGAGAUUGAAGAGCUAUGCGUAGAGGAUAUCAGGGUAUCACCGGAGGAAACUUGCUCCCUUUUUUCAUAUUAUUGGUCGUAUGAAUGGGUCACUUAUGUGAUCUUGCGAGGCUGUCGGAAGGAUCUAACGAUGGAAGAUUUGCCCCCAUUGCCUUCAUACGAUGAACCGUCGUUAUGGUUGAAAAAAAUCCAAACGCAGCGCAAGAAAGGUGGAAAAACUUUCCGGACUCUUAUUCGGUUAUUGAAGACUGAAAUCAAGACCAUGAUGGGUUGGUCUGCCGCCACUGCAGUCAUGGAUUUUGUUGCGCCAUUUUCCAUGCUAGGCCUAUUAGCAUACCUAGAAGCGCGAGAUGAUGCGAUUGUCCACCCCGCAAUCUGGAUAUCUUUGCUGUUUAUUGGGCCCGUGCUACGGUCCUUAUGCUAUCAACAGUAUAUCUUCACUGCCACCCGGCUUUUGGUUAGAGUGAAUAUAUCUCUUGUCCAGGACAUAUACCAAACCGCAAUGCGCUCGCACAUAUAUGACGAUUCAAUACGGGAUUCGGUUGAUCGAGCACAAAAGGCAGAUGGAAAGCUGGCAGAUACACCAAAGGGAACGUCUAAAUCUAGACAGGCCAACUUGACCAGUCUUAUGUCGUACGAUGUCGAUGCCAUCUAUAACUCCCGGGAUAUCUUCUACGUCGCCACUGCUAGCCCCAUAUCGACCACUAUUGCUUUGGUAUUUUUGUAUAAAUUACUAGGCUGGCCGUCGCUAUUUGGAGUUUUUACGCUCUUGUUCUUAACGCCCCUCCCUGCCUUCGCGUCGCGCAAAGUCUCACGCAUUCAGCAGUCUGUCAUGCGAGCUACAGAUGCCCGCUUGUCAAAAGUGUCGGAGUAUCUGGCUUCAAUCCGCACACUUAAGUACUUUGGUUGGGAGCAUGCGGCCAUCGAUACUAUCAAUGAUGCUCGGAAGGUUGAGCAAGACCGCCUCUGGAAACGGAGUGUUUACGCUGCGGCUAUCUCUAUGGCCGGGGAUUUGCUACCUUUGGUGAGUUUGCUGGUCACGUUUUCGGCCUUUGUGAUUUUUACCGAUGGCACGUUGAGGGCCCCGGUGGCAUUUACAUCCGUGACAAUCAUGGAGGCUUUACGAUCACAGUUCGUGUGGUUGUCCAACGUGAGUCGAUACACUGCUCAGGGCGCAGAAUCCCUGCGGCGCGUCGAUCGGUUUUUCGAGUCCGCUGGGGAGAUAAAACGCCAUCCGGAAGGGCCACUGGAGCUCACACAGGCAACAUUCCAGCGGACUCCUAUUGCUGCUUUCAGGCUGAAGGAGGUGUCCGUUUCCUUCAAGCACAAUGCCCUCAAUGUGGUGACAGGUCCAACUGGAAGUGGGAAGACUACGCUACUUCUAUCGCUACUGGGAGAGACCAUUCUGGAAUCCGGAUCUGCGACCUGUCCGCGAGAUGUAGCUUAUGUCCCCCAAGCGGCCUGGCUUCAGAAUGAUACCAUCCGCCAAAACGUGAUCUUUUAUAGUCCAUUCGACGAGGCUCGCUAUGCAAAAAUCAUCGACGCGAGCGGUCUCUCGCAGGAUCUCCAGCAGCUGCCCGCUGGUGAUCUCACUCUGGUCGGGGAGAAGGGAACCUCACUUUCUGGCGGGCAAAAACAGCGAGUGUCCCUGGCAAGAGCAUUGUAUUCCCAUUCGCCAGUAUUGUUAUUAGAUGAUAUAUUCUCUGCUCUCGAUACCCACACUACGUCCCUCGUCUACGAGAAGUGCUUCCGCAGUGGUUUGCUUUCCGACAGAACGGUCGUGCUUGUAACACACUUGCCAGCCGCCCUGCAAGACGCCCAACAGGCGAUCCGUUUGGAGCAUGGAAGAUCUUUUUCUGUUGAAACACCUUCCAUCCUAUGCUCGGCGUCUCUUGAACCUACAAGAUGCAGCACGCCGAGCACGCAGACCAAUACCAAUACCGACAACAUGCUACAGACCCAGGACCAAAUCCAUGAUGCCCCAUCAGAGCCGCCAAUUAAGGCCACGCCAGCUUUCCGAGUGGAUGAGAGUGACCAAACAGGCAAACUUGCAAAAGAACAGUCUGCUACAGGUCGCGUGCCACGUUCAUUGUUUUUUCAGUAUAUGAAGCUUUUUGGUGGAAUUUUCUACGCACCACUGGCCAUUUUAGCAACGAUCGCGGUCCAACUUGCAUAUUUCGGUAUCACGUACUGGCUUUCAAUCUGGACAGAGGCCAAUGGGGAAAACGGCAACCAGAACAAUAUCUUCUAUCUCACAGUCUAUGGAGCAGCGAUCAUGGCGUUUCUCGUUAUGCAGCUUACCAAUAACCUUAUCUACCAGUAUGGAGGCUGGGCCGCUGCAAGAACGAUGCACAAAAAGUUGGUGACAGCUGUUUUAUCUGCGCCUAUAUCCUGGUUUGACGAAAACCCCGUCGGGAGGGUGGUCAAUCGGUUCGGUAACGAUAUGCGUUCUAUCGAUGCGCUUAUCAUCGAUUGGCUGCGUAUGUCGAUGGAAAAUGGUCUGCGGUUUUUGCUCCGCAUAGCUAGUGUUGCGUCCAUCAUGCCUAUCUUCGCGCUUCCUGCUGCAAUAGUUUGCACGGCUGGGUUCCUCAUCGGUGAGAUGUACACCCGUGCGCAGGUUUCCAUCAAACGGCUCUGUUCAGUCAAUUACUCCCCUAUUUUCUCCCAUUUCACCGAUUCUCUGUCAGGCAUCAGUGUCAUUCGAGCCCGACAGGGCAUGGACAAGGCCUUCCAAAAGCUUCUGGCCAAGAAGCUGGCCGUGCACGCCCGUUCUGCAGAAGCCCAAUACAACUGCAACCGAUGGGUAUCCGUCCGAACGGACUUCUGCGCGGCAUCCGUGUCAGCCGCCGCAGGAUGCGUCGCGUACUUUUGGUCGGGGUCGCCUGGCCUAGUUGGAUUUUCGUUAACCAACGCUAUCGGCUUUAGCCAGACAAUCCUGACGCUUGUCCGCACUAUGAAUGAGCUCGAAGUGGAACUGAACUCGUUCCAGCGUGUGCGAGAAUACUGCCAGGUUGAACCAGAGGAAACCUUUGACAAGGCCCGUCUCGCAGAUAUAGCAGACAGCACCCCAGCCAGCUGGCCUACGUCGGGGCGGGUGGAGUUUCGCAACGUUACGGCGCGCUACACACCCGACGGCCCGGACGUUCUUCGCAGGGUCUCAUUUGUCGCACACUCGGGGGAGCGCGUUGGGAUAGUCGGCCGCACCGGAAGUGGGAAGAGUACCCUGGGGCUCCUUUUACUGCGUUUUGUCAACCUCGUGAGUGGAAGCGUGACAAUCGAUGGCGUGGAUAUCACCCAGCUCCUGUUGCACCGCCUCCGCUCAAGCGUCACUCUCAUUCCACAGGAGCCAGUUCUCUUUUCUGGCGAUGUACAAUCCAACCUCGACCCAUUCGGUGCCUCUAGCGAAACAGAGCUCCAGUCCGCAUUAUCUGCAUGCGCUUCCAUCCAUACCAACAACCACGAUGAACACGACCAUGGUCCCGAAACCAACGAUAGAAGAAAUAGUCAGCUUUCCUUACAGUCUCCAGUAGCGGCCAACGGCGAGAACUUCUCCCAAGGCCAACGGCAAGUCCUCAGUCUCGCGCGCGCCAUGUGUCGCCGCUCGAAAGUUGUCUUACUCGACGAGGCAACCGCCUCAGUGGACCACGAGACGGACUUGCAUAUGCAGCGCGUAUUGCGCGACCAGUUCCCUGAUUGCACAAUCAUUGCGAUUGCGCAUCGGCUGCGGACGAUUAUGGAUUAUGAUCGUAUUUUGGUCAUGGCGGAUGGGGAGAUUGUUGAGAAUGGUUCUCCGGCUGAGUUGGUGGAGAAGAGAGGCGUGUUUUGGGAUAUGAUGAGGAAUACGGGGGAGUAUGAGGAGUUGGUUGGAAUGAUUCGACAUGCGUCUUCGCCUUGACGGGUGGGACUAGGAGCGUUAUUUGGAUGGGAUGAUGGGUACUGAUUGAGACGCAUUGAAAUGACUCUGAGUAGAUGGUACAAUACUUUGAC